AUGUCUAUCCCUACGAUAUUUCUCCUCUCUUUUAUCGGUUUUGCACUUUCAAGUGAGCAGUCUAAGUUUAAUGAAAAAAAUCGCGAAAAACGGUUUCAGGUAUUGAUGGUAUCAGUGAAACAUAUUAUGAAUUGAACAAUAUCUUAGAGCCACAAGGACGACAAUUACCAUAUCCGAAAGUGCAAAGUGGGCCUCCACGUGGAUACAGUCAUUCCCUCUCUUGAUUUCAGAUACCGACUCGUGCAAGCAGAACAGCGAAUGCCACGAAAUAGAUUCGAUCUGCGACCGAUUCUUUCAGAAACAAGAAUAUCCAAUGAAUUCCAGUUACCAGGGGAGUUUCUGUGUUGACAGUGAGUAUUCCAAUCGACAGAACACGUGGAAACGCAUGGUUCUCCGCAGAACCGAGAUUCGAAGACCACGUGGAAUUGGUGACGAACUCAUCGGGAACGGGCAUUCGUCGGUGUGCGAACGACCGUUUUUGCGGGAAGGACGAGAUGUGUCUGACGGCGAAUUCGGUCCGUCCGUCCGAUGGAUUCUGUGUCAGACGUGAGAAGAGUCCGAAUUAGUUUAUGAAUAACGUGUAUUCUCAGUGAACGUCUGCUCCCGGAGCAAGCCCGCUUCACUCAUCAAUGGCCAUCAUUCCUGCGACGAAACCAAGUGUCAGAAGUACAAUGAUCUGGUGCCCGGUCAAGUUUGGAAGUGCGUCAAUCACACAGUCUCCGACGCAUUCCGCUUUCUAUUUUUCACGAACAGAGCGGAGGAAAGCAGCCGUGAGAUCAGCGCGUGCUGCCUUGGUAACAGAUCAGUUUCUCACUUCUUUGCGAGGAAUGCGUUUUUAGAAUCAGCUGGAGGAACCUGCCGUUUUGGGAGCGUGACAAGUCCUCCGAAACAGUGCGUUCGGAACGCCGACUGUUUUUCGAGUCCUCACGAGCCGGCAGAAUGGUGCGAUGGAGUGACGAGAUUCUGCUGUUCUGGUUCCUUGAUACCUGUCCCAUUUGGCCACUGAACGCCUAUUUCAGAUGCAUCAAAUGACACGAGUAUUCAGUGUCCGGACGGUACAAUGUACCCGUUCGUCGAGCAAAAGUGCGACAAUCACAACGAGAACCUGCCCAUGUCCGGCAACUGCAGUGUCCCGAAUGUAAAUGCCACGUGUCUUCAUGGUCACUGCUGUCCGCUGGGUUUGCCACGAAGCUCAAUGAUUGCUCAAAAUCGAAAUAUUUCAGUGUACAAGAGAGACAAUCAAUUUGCAUAUUAUCUAACCACGUACCAAACCAACAUUCCGUGCGAUCCGAAGCAGCCGCUCCGUCGGUUCUUCUGGGCAUUCUGCGACCCGCUGAUCCGUCGAGUCAUCGUGCUGCACAGCAACUUGCACACUGAAAUGCAGAAGACCAAACAGGGAAAAUGUCGGAAUAACUUGUGAGUGAGCAAAAUGGAUCAAAACCAAAUCGCCUCUUCUUUCAGAGAAUGCGCUCAGAAUGCGACGUCGGUCUGUGUGUGGGACAUCUCCUCCGAGCAAUCGGACGACAAGGACUUGGGCACCUGCAUGACGAACCCGCUGGUCAGUUUCCCGGGAAAUAAGGUUCACAUAUAGUACUUGCAGGCACAGCUCUCCGCGCCCGACAUAUCUACCGCCUACUCCCUUUUCAUCUUCUCCGUCAUUUCUACAAUCGUUUGUUUCCUGGCGACCCUUUGGUUCGCCCAACGGAUGGAUAUUGAGCAAAAGAAGGAGAAUGGCUGA